CGUUUUUGCGCUGACGUGACGUGACAGUUGAUUUGUUUGAUUAAAAUAAAUAAGAGAAAAAUCACAGAUAAACUGAUUUGUGACGGAACCAAUCUAUACCGGAAUCGGUAGCCGGAAAAGAAGACGGAGUGCGCGAAAGAGAAGACUAAAAUCCAGGAAGAUCGGUCGGCGGAGUGGACCAGGGAAAGAGAGAGAGCGAGUGAAAUUUCGUGGUUUCGGGACCCCCUCGACCGCAGCCCCCCACAAUAUAUCCGUUACCCACUGGCAAGAUGCUGUGUAUACAAUAUUAGCGAUUAUCGAAAGCAGGCAGCGCAUGUGCCGGCAUCCGAGAAACACUAUUUAAUAUCUAAGCUUUUGUAAACAAAUUGUGGAGCGGAGACCAAGGUCAAACAAGCCGACGAAUACGGAUACCUGGUGAAUAGGUUUCGUUUCGUUUCGCCCCAACGUGCCAGUAGACCCGUGCAACUUGCAAUGGCCACAACAAGCCAGCUGUUGCCCAAUGGCAAUCUGUCCAGAAAUGGCAAGACCAAAAGGGAGGAUGAGGAGGAGGAGGUGGAAGUGGGAUCUGGAACUAGUGCAGGUGCUGGAAGGGAUACACUAACGGGACUAACAGGACUAACAGGACACCCAUCCACAUCCACAUCCGGCACCUUUAUGAAACUGAAAACCUAUCUCCUAGCUCUUCGUCCCUGGUCGCUGUCCGCCAGUCUGGUGCCCACGCUCCUCGGCUCGGCGCUGGCCCACCGCUCCCAGUGGGCGGCGGAGUUCUCGCUGGCCACCUUCUUCCUCACCGCCUUCACCGUGGUCACCGUCCACUGCGCCGGUAACGUGGUGAACACCUACUUCGACUUCAUCAAGGGAAUCGACAAGCAGAAGGCCGACGACCGCACUCUGGUGGACCACAUACUCACCAAGGAUGAGGUGGUCUCGCUGGGCGCCAUACUGUACAUGGCCGGCUGCGGGGGUUUUGUUUUGCUGGCUGUGCUCAGUCCCGCCAAAAUGGAACAUCUUGCGCUGAUCUACUUCGGUGGAUUGUCUUCGAGUUUCCUGUAUACAGGAGGCAUUGGUUUCAAAUACAUCGCCCUGGGAGAUCUGGUGAUACUGAUACUCUUCGGACCCAUCUCAGUGCUUUUUGCCUUCAUGUCACAAACAGGUCACGUGGACUGGACGACUAUGGGCUAUGCGAUUCCACUGGCCCUCAACACGGAGGCCAUCCUGCACAGCAAUAAUACCAGAGAUGCGGACAAUGAUCGCCGGGCUGGAAUCGUAACACUGGCCAUUUUAAUAGGACGCACUGCCUCUCAUGUUUUGUACGCAAUGCUGCUCUUCGCACCCUACUCGCUGUUCUUCAUCUUCGGCUUGAAGUACUCCCUGUGGUUUCUGCUACCAUUGGUGACCCUGCCACAAGCCUUCCAGAUAGAGAAGCGUUUCCGGAACGAGCAAACGAUGCACUUGGUGCCACGGCAAACAGCAAAGCUGAACUUCUUCUUUGGCAUCUUGUACAUCGUGGCCUGCUGUUGUGCCCAGCAGUUGCCGACUUUUGGAUUCCGGAAACAUUGAUAGACGGGGAGAAGUUACGGAUCUGGCAGAAAAACAACCAGAGAUAAACUGGUGCAAUGUUUUAGGGAAUUUCAUUAGGUUUUAGUCAAUGUGUGUAAUGAGGAGGGAGUACGAAGCUGAGUCAGUUUCCCACAGUUUGAUGUUGCGCAAAUUUCGAAUGGCUGCUAGUCGCCCGUUAGAGUCUAAACUUUUGAACUGAACAUAUCCUAGCCCAAGUGGGUCGAUUUAUUUCACAGAAAAUCUAGGGAUAAAUAUAUGGCAUUGUGCAAUAGAAAUUACAGGCCUAAUAUCAGCUUAAAAAGUUUACAAUGUCAAAUCCAAAGAUAAUCCAGAAACAAUAUUUAAGAAUAAAUGGUCUGGCAUUUUUCCAGAUUAGCCGAUUUAUAAAGCUAUCAGUCUAAAAGAAACUCAACAUUGAACAUAUUUUUUGUAUGAUAUAUUAAUUUGUAGAAAAUUAUUUUUAUUUUUGAGCGCAUUAAACAAGAAGUAUGAUAUUAGACCUUUAGUUUCUCUGUCAAAAGUUAUUUACAUUGUCCAAAGAUUUGUUCACUUCCUGCAAUAUCGACCCUAGCCUGUCCCACUCGUUUAUAUUUAUUUCACAUCGUCACAAUCUUAAAUCUUAACCAAUCAACUACCACUCAAUGUAAUAAAUAAUCAUACUCUUCCUCUCGCGCGUUGGGAAUUACGGACCAAGAAAGUUAUGUGCAACAGUAACCAGUAAUGCUAAUGCAACCCCAAAUAUUCACCACAUUCAGACGGGUGCAGAUACUUAAGUUUCGCGAAUCAAAAUGCAGAUUACUUUACAAAUAGAAGUGCUUGGAAAUGCAGCUUAGUUGAACGUUUUUUGGCAAUUGGCUGGCUUGCUUUUUGUGUAACGAAUGUUAGAGUUUUUACAUAUAUUAUAUACACGAACACGAGCAUAUAUUUAUAUACACAUCUAGAUCAUGUAAGCCCAGUGUCUAGCGGCAGGCUCAGAGUGAGAAAAUAUCAAAGGAAAAAUGAAGAAAAACCUAUGUAAAACGAAAACAACACAAAGUUAAAUUUUUAAAUAACUAUAUACGUAGAUGUCGAGGCGAAGGAGCAAACAUUGUUUUCCAUUAACAAUAGCGUAUGCAUAUAAACAAAUAGCUUUAAAUAACAAACAGAAGAGGAGAAAGCCAAAACCCAUUCGCAUUAUAAUUCAUUGUGUAACUGAACAUUUGUGUGGCAAUAUUUAUUUGUACGCUAGUUUUUUGUAUAUUCAUUCAUUCUUUUGUAUACCGCAUAGAUAAAUGCUUCUGUUGGAAUUGCUCAGCAGCCGAGUUGAAUUGACCUAAGUGAAAACUUUGUAAACUACAAUUCAACAACAAAUGAACAAUAAUAAUUAUAAUGAUAUUGAUAAUUAAAUGUUUAAUUAGAGAAUGUAAACAUGAUUUGUAUAAUAUA